UACCCUCCUCCGUAAAAAAGCAACAACUGCGACGAUAAAUGAAAACAUUUUAAAACAAUCGACGAACAAUGGACAGCGAGAUGAGCGAGGAAAGUGGCAGCAAUAUAAAACGAAAACCGUCGAAAGUAGGAAAAGCAGCAGCAGCAGCGGCGGUAGCAGCUGUGGACAAGAGUCCGGACGAGAGAGAAGAGGCAGCCGCUGCGAUAGCCGAUUCCGAUGUGCGAUCGCCCAGCAACAAUUUCAGAAGGUACUCGGUACCCGAGGAGAGUUUCAACAAAUCCAUGACCCUCGACAGCGAAACGUCCGACAGCGAGGACAGCGAGGACGAGGACGCCCAGAAGUUCACGCGCAUGAAGAUGAUCGACUUCUACGACUCGAAGCAGUUCGAGGACCUGGACGUCAGCGCCGAGGUCAAGGAGCUCUUCCAGAACAUCUCGCGCUACGCGCCGCAGAAGAUCGAGCUCCAGUACAAGCUGGCGCCCUUCAUACCCGACUACAUACCCGCCGUGGGCGACAUCGACGCCUUCCUCAAGAUCCCGCGGCCCGACGGCCUGGCCGAUCGCCUGGGCCUCGUCGUCCUCGACGAGCCCGCCUCGGAGCAGUCCGAGCCGGCGGUGCUGCAGCUUCAGCUGCGCAGUCGCGAUCGCAACAGCGCCACGAACGCCGGCAAAGCCCCCGCCGCGGUGGUCAAGAGGCUCGAGGACGCUCCGCGCCAGGGCCGACUGAUCGACAAGUGGAUCGAGGACAUGGGCCAGCUGCACAGGAGUCGAGCCCAUCCGCCCGCGGUGCAGCUGAGGAAUCGUUUCCCCGACGUGGACCAGCUGCUGCAGCCCUGGCCGCCGCAGAUCGAGGCCAAGCUCUGGCGCAUGGGCCAACAGCCGCCGGGCUUGCUGGGCCUCGACUGCGACCUGUUGAAACUCAUCGACGUGAUUUGCGCCUUGCUCGACAUACCCGUGUACGGCGAUCAGAGGAUCGAGUCGCUGCACACGCUGUUCGCUCUGUACACCGAGGUGCACAACGUCGACAUUCAGACCAUUCACUCGUGAAUGAAUAUCGUAG